GCGUGCAUCGCUAAAAAAGUUUUCCUCUAAAUUUAAAUGCAUGAAAAAGUGUCAAAACGCGUAUGAAACCACAAUAAAAUAUUAAAUAAAGUGCUGAAAGUGUUUUCGAAAAUAAAAUAGUGAAUUUUGUUUGUUUGUCAGUUUGUGAUAUUUAACAACAACAAUUCAAUAUGAGUGGUUAUUAUAUUAAGCAACCGCCACUCGCUUCCAGCCGCUCGACGCUGCCACAUCCACAUUAUAAAAGUGCCAAUAAUCUACAAACAGCAACAAAGUUUAAAUCUGCACCACUUCAUCGCUUUUCAUUAACAAGUUUAGUGCUGUUCUUUUGCUGCAUCUUUUCACACAUUCCACACAGCGACGCCUUCAACCUGGAGAAUCGUUUGCCAAUAGUCAAGUAUGGACCACAUGCGAACUCAUAUUUUGGCUAUUCCAUAGCAACACAUACGGUGGGCGAAUACAAUUGGCCGAAUAACACAAAAUGGCUAUUAGUUGGUGCUCCUUUAGAUAAAAACCUCCAGCCUGGUACGAAUCAAACCGGCGCGCUAUAUCGUUGUCCGAUUACGCAGACGUUCAACGACUGUGAACAGAUCAUAACCGAUGGACGAAGAUCAUACGAUAGCGACGAUAUUGAGGAGCUGCAGGAACCAUCGGACGAUGAGAUCAAGGAGGGUCAAUGGCUCGGCGUGACAGUGCGAUCGCAAGGACUCGGUGGCAGGGCACUCGUGUGCGCGCAUCGUUACGUCACCAAAAUGAUGGAGAAUCGCUAUGGCCAAGGGCUCUGCUAUGUAUUGACCAACGAAUUGACUUAUGAUGAAGUGUAUGAGCCGUGUAAAGGUCGCACCGUGGCGAGAGAACACGAAGACUACGGCUUUUGUCAGGUGGGCACUUCAGGCGCGCUGCUGGAUGACAACACCAUGGUGCUGGGCUCCCCAGGACCUUUCACAUGGCGCGGCACUGUGUUUGUUACGGAAAUUGGCGGGGAAUAUCUGGAGCGCGAUAAGACGAUGUACUAUGGUGAUCAUUUGGAAAAUACAUCACCGGUGGACAAAUACAGUUACUUGGGCAUGGCCGUCACUGGUGGACGUUACUUUGGCGAUCGUAUGUCUUACGCUGCUGGAGCGCCGCGUUCCAAUGGACACGGGCAAGUGGUGAUCUUUAACAAAGCCAAUACUAACCCCAUACCCGUUAAAAUGAUACUGGAGGGAGAACAAUUCGGUUCAAGCUUUGGCUAUGAACUGACCACUGCCGAUAUUAAUGGCGAUCAGAAACCGGAUCUCAUCAUUGCCGCUCCAUUCUAUUUUAAUAAAUCCGAAGGUGGCGCUGUUUAUAUAUAUCAAAACGAUAAAGAUAUGCUGCCAGAGCAACCGACGCUCAAGCUGACCGGCACUAUGGAAAGUCACUUUGGAUUAGCGCUCGCCAAUAUCGGUGAUAUUAACAAGGAUAGUUGUGAGGACUUGGCUGUGGGUGCACCUUACGAAGGUGAUGGUGUGGUAUAUAUCUAUUUGGGAUCACGUACUGGUUUGGUUAGCAAACCCGCGCAACGGAUACAAGCCUCAGAUCUCGGUUUAUUGCCGCAUCCGCUACAUACAUUCGGCAGUUCGAUAAGUGGUGGCACCGAUUUGGAUGGUAACUCUUACCCGGAUAUAGCUGUCGGCGCCUACAAUUCCUCGGCUGUGGUUAUGCUACUCUCACGACCGAUCAUCAAUAUAGAGACUACAGCGCGCAGCAAUGAAUUACGGAAUAUUGAUCCGGCAAAACCGGGCUGCUUACAUGAUGCCUCAACAAAUCUUACGUGUUUCACCUUUGAAGCCUGCUGUUCGAUUGAACCUUAUGAGCCGGCGUCGGCUAAUAAGGAUUUGCGCCUACUGUACACAGUCGAAGCGGAAACUUUUGGUGGGCAUAAGAAAUUCUCGCGUGUAUUUUUCGAUCGUGAAAUUAAGCAUAGCAAUGUGGUGAAACGUGAAGUUACCGUGCGUACCAAUGGACGCCAGACAUGUCAGCAAGUCACCGGUUAUAUCAAAGAGAAUACCAAAGAUAUACAGAGUCCGAUUAAGUUUCGUUUGAAUUAUACAAUUGUGGAGCCGCGGCUACCACGUUCCGGCUUGGAACUAUUGAAUCCAAUUUUGGAUCAAACACAGGCUUUCGCUGAAUUCGAAGGUACAUUCCAAAAGGAUUGCGGUGAUGAUGAUAUCUGUGAGAGUAAUCUAAUAUUAAACGCCGAAUUGGAUUUGAAUAUGGAGAAUGACAAUUAUGCUUUGAUAUUGGGCGAGAAGAAUGAGACGCGUGUCAAUGUGAACGUAUUGAAUAAGGCGGAUUCGGCUUAUGAGACACAAUUGUUUGUCGUGCAUCAAAAGAGCGUCUCAUACAUAGCCGCCUCACGUACGAACUCUGUAACCUGCAAUCGUUUCAACGACACGGUGGUUGCCUGUAGCCUUGGCAAUCCGAUGAAGCGCAAUACGGCUCUUUACGUCUCGCUGCGUUUCGAUCCCAGCGGUUUGGAGAAUGAUGAGCGUAAACUUACUUUUCACGUCUUUGUCAAUACGACGUCGCAACAUAUUGGCGAUGUGAAGCCCGAGAAAGAGUUAGAAGUGCGAGUGGUGAAACGUGUUACACUAACCCUGACUGGUUACGAUAAACCCGAGCAGAGCUUCUACAGUGGCGAGGUGAAGAAAGACAGCAAGGUCAUGCAGAUGGAGGAUAUUGGCUCGCCCGUAAUGCACACUUAUACGAUUUUUAAUGAAGGCCCCUGGAAGGCACCGAAGGUCCAGCUCACCAUCUACUGGCCACAUCAGCUGACAAGCGAAAAGAGUAAAAAGGACAAAUGGUUACUCUACCUGGAGGCUAUGCCAAUUGUGGAGAAUGCCGAACUUAGCGAAUGUACCGUGGGACCCGACCACAUUAAUCCACUCAAACUCACAUCGAAAACGAAAUCAAAUGAUCUACUUAACACACUGCAAAUGGCACCGGCAGCCUACAUGAUGCGUCCCACCGAUAAAACACAAUACUUUAGCCGUUACAGCACGUACAGUGAGAAGAGUGUCUAUAAGAAGCAAAAGCCCACACAACGGCCGGGUCCACAUGACGAGGACGAUGACGACGAAGAAGGACGGUAUUUGAAUCGUGUGCGCCGCAACACAUUCGAACGCAUCAUACGACCCGAACGUUUCAUGGACAACGGUGGUGAGCACACAAAUCGCAAACGUGACAUUGUCGAAUUGGAUUGUAACAAGGCGACAGCGACUUGCGUUAAAAUACAAUGUGAUAUUUACAAUAUUGAAGCGUUCACCGAGGCGUCCGUGCAUAUACGUGCGCGUCUGUGGAAUUCCACGCUUGUAUCGGAGUAUCCACGCGCCGAUUUGGUGCGUAUUAUGUCGCGAGCGACAGCUAAAAUACCGCUUGAGUUUUCAGUGGAGCACACGGAAGUGAAUUAUCUGGUGGAGACACGCGCCUAUCCCGAACUGCUCGAUCAACAGCGAGAGCAGCCGACAUCCAUAUGGGUUUACAUUGUAGCCAUAAUCUGUGGUCUGAUCGUCUUGGCUGUGGUCGUACUUAUUCUUUGGCAUAUCGGUUUCUUCAAGCGUCGACGACCCGAUCCAACGCUAAGCGGCAAUCUGGUGAAGAGCGAGGAGAAACCAUUCUUGAAUGACGCAACGAGUAAUGGUCGUGGCUUCUAACAAGAGGGGACAGUCGGGUGGGAUAUCGCACAGCGGGCGCCUCCUAAAGUACAACAAACAUGCUGUCUAACACUAAAGCAACGCGUCGAACCAGCUGUGAUCUUCAAUGCCGAAACUGCCAACAAUAACAAUAAUGCAUACUACAGCAACAAUAAUAACAAUAACACAAGCGGUUAUGGUGGUGCCUCGUAUAAACCAGCUUGGGCUGGUAAUGGCCAAACGGAUGUGGCAGUCAUCGAUUGGGGUUCGCAUUGGUAGUAGGUGUGUGUGUGUGCUUCGAAUUAGUGUUAUGCGUGACGUGGCAUGGUGUUAGUUGGGUGGCAAUGCGUUAUGUGUCGUCUUAUACAAUAUUAUUAUAUUAUAUAAUAUUUUCUAGGGUGGUAAAUGUCUGUGCCAUUUUACUUAAUUUAGGCAUACAAAUGUAUAAAUAAAUAAUA